AUCCACCAAAGAUUUCACCCAGGAGCAAGACCAUACAAAUGCCAAGGAAGUGGGAAAUGUUUCAAUAAAAAAGGUCUUGUGCACUGCCCAAAAAUCCACACAGGAGAGAAACCAUACACAUGCCAGCAGUGUGGGAAAGGUUUUGCUCACCAGUCAUUCCUUGUGAGGCACCAGACAGUCCACAGAGGAGAGAAACCGUACAAAUGCCAGCAGUGUGGGACAUGCUUUCCUUACAAGUCAUGUCUUGUGAAACACCAGAGAAUCCACACAGGAGAGAAACCAUACACAUGCCAGCAGUGUGGGAAAGGAUUUGCUCAGAAGGCAGGCCUUGUUUACCAUCAAAUAGACCACACAGGAGAGAAACCAUACACAUGCCAGCAGUGUGGGAAAGGUUUUUCUCAGAAAUCACAUCUUAUGUCCCAUCAGAGAGGGCACACUGGAGAGAAACCAUACACAUGCCAGCAGUGUGGGAAAGGUUUUUCUUACAGGUCAGUGCUUGUGUCUCAUCAAAGACUCCACACAGGAGAGAAACCAUACACAUGCCAGCAGUGUGGGAAAGGAUUUGCUCAGAAGGCAAGCCUUGUUUACCAUCAAAUAGACCACACAGGAGAGAAACCAUACACAUGCCAGCAGUGUGGGAAAGGUUUUUCUCAGAAGUCAAAUCUUAUGUCCCAUCAGAGAAUCCACACAGGAGAGAAACCAUACACAUGCCACCAGUGUGGGAAAGGUUUUGCUAUGAAAUCAUUUCUUGUGGUCCAUCAGAGACUGCACACAGGAGAGAAACCAUACAAAUGCCAGCAGUGUGGGAAAGGUUAUGCUUACAAGUCAAGUCUUGUGAAGCAUCAGAAAGUGCACACAGGAGAGAAACCGUACAAAUGCCAGCAGUGUGGGAAAGGUUUUGCUCACAAGUCACGUCUUAUGCCCCAUCAGAGAGUGCAUACAGGAGAAAAACCAUACACAUGCCAGCAGUGUGGGAAAGGUUUUGCUCAGAAGGCAACCCUUGUUUCCCAUCAGAGAGGACACACGGGAAAGAAACCAUACACAUGUCUACAGUGUGGGAAAGGUUUUGCUUACAAGUCAGAUCUUGUGAAACAUCAGAGAGUCCACACAGGAGAGAAACCAUACACAUGCCAGCAGUGUGGAAAAAGUUUUGCUGACAAGUCAAAUCUUGUGAAGCAUCAGAGAUUCCACACAGGAGAGAAACCAUACACAUGCCAGCAGUGUGGGAAAGGUUUUGCAGUGAAGUCAGUUCUUGUGAAGCAUCAGAGAGUGCACACAGGAGAGAAGCCAUACACAUGUCAGCAGUGUGGAAAAGGUUUUGCAGUGAAGUCAGUUCUUGUGAAGCAUCAGAGAGUGCACACAGGAGAGAAGCCAUACACAUGCCAGCAGUGUGGGAGAGGUUUUGCUCAGAAGUCAGUUCUUGUGGAGCAUCAUAGAGUCCACACAGGAGAGAAGCCAUACGCAUGCCAGCAGUGUGGGAAAGGUUUUGCUCACAAGUCAGAUCUUGUGAAGCAUCAGAGAGUCCACACAAGAGAGAAACCAUACACAUGCCAGCAAUGUGGGAAAGGUUUUGCUGACAAGUCAAAUCUUAUGUCCCAUCAUAGAGUCCACACAGGAGAGAAACCGUACACAUGCCACCAGUGUGGGAAAGGUUUUGCUCACAAGUCAGUUCUUGUGAAGCAUCAGAGAGUUCACACAGGAGAGAAACUAUAAAAAUGCAAGAAGUGUGGGGAAUGUUUUGCUCAAACCU